AUGGCUUCCCCAUCCGUGAUGCCCCGCAAGUUGUGGGAGCAUCCGAAUCCAGAUGCUACCUACAUGGCUCAAUUCAUUAGAGAUGUUAACAAGAGGAGAGGGUUGAAGAUGAAGACAUUCCAAGACCUUCAUCAAUUCUCCAUCAACCAACGCACCGACUUCUGGGCUGAUCUGUUCGAACUCCAUCCUCUAAUUCAUACUGGAAAGUACACUCAAGUCAUAGAUCCAAACGCCAGGAUGGAUUCAGUACCUUCUUGGUUUCCAGGCGUCAAGCUCAACUUUGCAGAAAACAUCUUGUAUACCGCAGACCCCAAGGACCCGUCUAAACGCACAACCACCGGCAAAGAAAGCGAUAAAAUCGCAUUGACGGAGGUUCGUGAAGGCUGUACUGAAAUUCAACACUAUACCUGGAAGGACCUUCGUGCCAAGGUUGGAUCACUCGCUCAAGCUAUGAAAGCACAUGGAGUUCGAAAGGGCGAUCGAGUCGCUGUCGUUUCCUCUAACUCUACAGAUACCUUGGCUGUAUUCUUGGCUGUAACCACCCUUGGAGGUAUUUUCAGUUCGAGCUCUACAGACAUGGGCAGUCAAGGUGUUUUGCAACGACUUACGCAAAUCGAGCCAAAGUGGAUCUUUGUGGAUGAUUGGGCUGUGUAUAAUGGCAAGACUAUUGAUUUGAUACCGAAGAUGAAGGAGAUUGUGGAUGGAAUGCUCAAGGCAAAGGCUAAAGACUUCCAAGGUCUUGUCAGUAUGCCCAGGUUCCAGAGGAGACCGGCUGAUGUGGGAGAUGUGCCCAGGACUAUGAGUUUGGCAGCGUAUCUUGCAAAAGCUGGUGGCAAUUCUGAGUUGCCGUUUGAGAAGGUCGAUUUCAAGGAUCCGUUCUUGAUUGUUUAUUCUUCGGGCACUACUGGUGUACCAAAAUGCAUCGUGCACGGCUGCGGACCAGUUCUGAUCUCUUCAAUGAAGGAAGGCAAACUUCACCUCGAUUCUGGGCCCUCGAUGGUCAACUUGCAAUACACGACAACUGGCUGGAUCAUGUAUUUGAUGUCAACAAUGGCACUCCAGCACGGCGCACGAUCAGUCCUAUACGAUGGAUCACCCUUCAUACCCGAUCUCACCACUUUCGUCCGUAUGGUAGGAGAGCAAAAAGUCACCGAUCUCGGCAUCUCACCUCGAUACCUACAAACUCUUGCUUCAGCAUCUCCUCCCAUCAUCCCCAAGCAAGUCACCGAUCUGUCCAACCUUCGUCGUGUAUCAAGCACCGGCAUGGUAUUGCCAGAGUCUCUCUUCCACUGGUUCUACGAUGAAGGUUUUCCUCCUUCUGUUCACCUCAAUAAUAUCAGUGGAGGCACUGAUGUGGCUUCUUCGUUUGCAAUGGGUAAUUUGUUGACUCCAUUGUAUGCUGGAGGUUGUCAAGGUCCUGGUUUAGGUAUGAAUCUGCAAGUCUACGAUCAGACGAUUGAAGGAGGUAAAGGUAUCAAAGGAAAACCUUUGCCUGUCGGAGAAGCAGGCGAACUUGUUGUGACAGCUGCUUUCCCCAAUCAACCUGUCAAGUUUUGGGGUGAUGCGUCUGGACAGAAAUACUUUGAUGCUUAUUACGCUCGCUUUGACAACGUUUGGACCCACGGCGACUACAUCUUCAUCCAUCCAAAGACCGGCGGCGUAUACUUCCUCGGCCGUGCCGACGGCGUGCUAAACCCCUCAGGUGUACGUUUCGGCUCUGCAGAAAUCUACAACGUGAUAGAAACAUUCUUUGGCGACGACAUUCAAGACAGCAUUUGCGUGGGCCAGCGACGCCCUACCGACAACGAUGAAGCCGUCGUACUUUUCCUGCUCAUGAAACCCGGCAAGAAGUUUUCGGAGUCGCUGGUUAAAGACGUCAAGCAAAGGAUUGGUAAGGAGUGUAGUCCGAGACAUAUUCCCAAGUAUGUGUUUGAGACGCCAGAGAUACCUACGACGGUCAACCUUAAGAAAGUAGAAUUACCGGUCAAGAGAAUUGUUUCUGGCGAAAAAGUCAAGCCGUCAGGGACUUUGCUGAAUCCACAGAGUUUGGAGUAUUACUACAAGUUUGCUAAGGUGGAGGAGUUGGUUGGUGGUGUCAAGAGUAAAUUGUAG